UAUUCCAGUUACGUCGUCGUCAGGGCUUUGUUACAGAGCAUGAUUAUAGGUGAUGUAGACGACAGGAGAUAUUCAACGUCAACCCAAAGACAACGGAUGUUAAAAAUGAGACAAGCAUCAAUACGGGUAAAAUUGAUCCUUCAGAUGCAGUGGCAUCCCGUUUUGAUUGUCGUCAUCAUCGCCACAUACACCAUAUAUCUAGCAUCUGUUUUGAUGCACCAGAAACGCUUUUCUGAAUACGAUCAGAAUAUUGUUCGGACAUGGUUUGCAUGCUUGACAUCCGCCAACGGGAAUGCAGAGAACUGUUUGGCGCUGGCUGAGGGUAUUGGUCCUAGUCAAUCUGAACUUCUAACAGCGAUCAUAAUACUUGCGCUGAGCGGCGUCCCGGGUGUCAUCAUUUGCUCUCGCCUUCGGAUGUUCCGGGGAUGGAUUGAUUAUAUUAACGCAAAACGAGAGGGCAACGCAACGGGACCGUCGUGUCAAAACAUGGACAUAAAUUUCGCUGUGUAUAGCAACACUCCUUCUAGCUCAAGGGGUGAUAGUUCAAGUUAUACCACUACAGCGAGGAAGGGACUACUUUAGAUGUUGAAAAAGUUUGAUUCAUUAAAAAUAUUACCUGGACUGAAUGCAUU